AUGGUUAGCCAUAAGGAGUUUGAAACUGCAGGGAAGAAGCCAGGGCUGCAGGUGUGGCGUAUCGAGAACAUGGACCUCAAGCCGGUUCCCAAAGCCCUGUACGGCUCCUUUUACACCGGAGAUGCCUACCUGCUGCUCUUCACCACCUCAGCCCCUUCAUACAACAUUCACAUGUGGUUGGGGGAUGAGUGUUCACAGGAUGAGAGUGGAGCAGCAGCCAUCUUUGCCUCACAGCUGGAUGACUUCCUGGGUGGUGGCCCGGUGCAGUACAGGGAGGUGCAGAACUACGAGUCCAACACUUUCCUGGGUUACUUCAAAUCAGGCAUCAAGUACCAGAAAGGGGGUGUGGCCUCAGGUUUCAAACAUGUAGUGACCAACGGCGUGGAUGUAAAACGUCUGCUGCACGUUAAGGGUCGCAGGGUCAUCAGAGCAACAGAGGUGAAUAUGUCCUGGAACAGCUUCAACAAAGGAGACUGCUUCAUCAUUGACCUGGGAAAGGACAUCUAUCAGUGGUGCGGCAGUGAGUGUAACCGUUUCGAGCGGCUGAAGGCCUCCGAGGUCACCAUCGACAUCAGAGAUAAUGAGAGGAACGGCAGAGCCAAAGUGCAUAUGGUGGAGGAGGGGGACGAGCCGGAUCCCAUCAUACAGGUUCUAGGACCAAAAACCUCCAUCGCCCCCAGUACUCCGGAUGACGACAAGGUGGACACUUCCAACAGGAAGAAGGCUGCCCUCUACAUGAUCUCAGAUGCAUCUGGCUCUAUGAAGGUGACAUCUGUGGCUCCAUCCAGUCCCUUCAAACAGGCCAUGCUGUCUCCAGAGGAGUGCUACAUCCUGGACAACGGGGUGGACAAGACCAUCUUUGUAUGGAAAGGCCCUAAGGCCAAUGCGUCGGAGCGUAAAGCAGCCAUGGCUGCAGGUCAGCAGUUCAUCACUGAUAAGGGAUACAGCAAAAAUACAACGAUCCAGGUACUUCCUGCAGGUGGCGAAACGUCUCUCUUUAAGCAGUUCUUUUCCGACUGGAGGGAUAAGGAUGAGACCACAGGUCCCGGUAAGGCCUACACUAUUGGCCGCAUAGCCAAAGUGAAGCAGGUUCCCUUUGAUGCCUCCACCCUACACACAAACAAAGCCAUGGCGGCGCAGCACGGCAUGGUGGACGAUGGCAAGGGCAAAGUCCAGAUCUGGCGUGUUGAGGAUGGUGCAAAUGUGCCCGUGGAUCCCUCCGCCUAUGGUCACUUCUAUGGGGGAGACUGUUACCUCAUCCUCUACAGCUACAGACAGGGAUCACGGGAGCAGCACAUCAUAUACACAUGGCAGGGGCUGAAGUGCACGCAAGACGAACUGGCCGCUUCAGCGUUCCUCACAGUGAAGCUGGAUGACUCAAUGGGAGGAGCCCCAGUUCAGGUGAGAGUGACACAGGGUCAGGAGCCUCCCCACCUGAUGAGCAUCUUCCAGGGUAAGCCAAUGAUCAUCCACAGUGGAGGAACGUCACGCAAAGGUGGACAGACACAAGCCGCCAGCACUCGCCUCUUCCACAUCCGGCAGAGCUCCUCCAAUGCUACCCGUGCGGUGGAGGUCCAAGCUACUGCCUCCAAUCUGAACACCAACGAUGUGUUUGUGCUGAAAACCUCAAGUGGCUUGUUUGUGUGGCGUGGCGUGGGUGCCAGCGAUAAGGAGAUGGAAGCGGCCAAGCAUGUGGUGGCUUUCCUGGGUGGUAGUCCCAGCAAUGUGUCAGAGGGCAAGGAGCCAGCUGACUUCUGGUCUGCUCUGGGAGGCAAAACGGAUUACCAGACGUCAAAGAGUCUGCAGAGCGGGAUCAGACCCCCACGUCUCUUUGGCUGCUCCAACAAAACAGGAAACCUCAGUGUGGAAGAAGUUCCUGGAGACUUCACUCAGUCAGAUCUGGCCACUGAUGAUGUAAUGCUCCUGGACACCUGGGAUCAGGUCUUCAUUUGGAUUGGCAAAGAUGCCAAUGACGUGGAAAAGGAAGGAGCUCCCAAAAUAGCAAAAGAAUAUGUGGACUCGGAUCCCUCCGGUCGCAAAGGAAUUGCCAUCACCACCAUCAAACAGGGAGCAGAGCCUCCAACUUUCACUGGCUGGUUCCAGGCUUGGGAUCCCAAGAUGUGGGACACAGAUCCAUUGGACCGAAUCCGUGCCCGCUUCUGAACACAGAACUCCAGGCUCUCCGUCUAUGUCUGACUCCUUACCUAUCCUGCAGUCCCUAAUGCUGUUUUUGUUCAUUUUUAUUUCAAUCCCCAAGUGCCAAAAACCAAUGGUAUCGCCGUUAUCACCCUUAAUAGCUGCCUCGGCAACAGUGCAGCGCACUGGGCUUCAUAAACAGGAAUAAAUCACAUCUGCAUGCAAACGAUGGCUUCUGCUAGCAGUUAUGUUUAAUUGGUCAAAAUGGUUGAUUGAUCAUGUCCAAAAGCCUGUCACCUUUACAUGUUUAGCAAAUACCCACUGAGGUCUCUAAUAGAAAAAUAAAAUACGAAAGCCAUUUAGGCAGCUGGACAAAUCCUCUGUUUCUGUUUUUUUUUUUACUGUUCUACAUGUGUGUUCAGAAGGAGGCAUUCUCUCAUGCUUUCUUUACAGUUUCUGUAUCAAAACAGCUUACUUCUUUACUACACAUAAAUGCAUGGUGUUUUAUCAUUGAUAAUGGAAAGUUGUACACUUGCUAUGAGUUGCAUGGAGGUUUUUUUGGGGGGGGGAUCUGUGCACAUUAAUUCAAGAGUCACACAAUGGUAUGUGUAUGUCAUAUGUUAAAAAUCUACUGAGAUUUUCACAUAGAUGACUUUUAAAUAAAGUUCACAGUGUUUCAAACUUGU